UGAUCAUCAAAUUAGCGAUCCACGAUUGAUAUUAUACUAAUAAAAUUGUUAUUCACAUACUACCAUUUUAAUAAUAGUUAUAGUACAUUUACUAAAUUCUUUUUUUACAAAAAAUAAAUUGCAUGUAUUUGGAAGGAAUGGCUUGGGGGGCUAGUCUCAUUGGAGUAUGGAUGGUCAACCAAAUGAGCUGGGCAUGGGCCAUGUCCAAGACGCAGUGUAUUCCUUUGAAGGGGGCUUUGUGUAGAGAGUAGAGACUCUCAUGCGGCCAUAGGCUGAUUAUUCAUGAUGCCUACAUGGUGGGAUUGUUUUGGCUAGAGGAGAGCGCCUCGAAGGGCUUUUUGAUCCAUCGAUGGUGGAAAUAAUAGCGUUUAUGGAAGCAGUUCAUUGGUGUGUUGCUAGAGGACUAAAUUCGGUGGUACUCCAAGGGGAUGCUAAAGGCAUUAUUGACAAAAUCAACGCCUAAUGUGUGAACGAUGCGAAAGGGGGUGCACUUUUUUGUGAGAUCUAGGCUUUGCGCCAGGAGUACCGAGGAGUGUUAGCACAGUUCAUUGGUAGACAAAACAAUAUGGUUGAUUUUUGUGAUUGGCUCCAUUCAAAGAUGUAAACAUUUGAUUUAUGCUUUCUCGAUAAUGCAAACAUCUUUGGUUUAAAAAAAACUGCUAACCUCAACCAUUUCCUUUAUUAAUUAAUGUUUCUAAUUCUUUUUCGAUUAGGUUAAUUUUUCUAAUUCUAAGUACAUUCCAUGUUCACCAAUAAAAAGUUGGAAAAAAGAAAAAGGAAAAUUGUCAAGAAAAGAAAAAUUCAACGAAAAGAAAAAGAAAUUGCUAAGAAAAACAGCAAAACCAAGAGGGGCGAUUACGUCUUUCUUCCCCCAUAUUUCCGCUUAUUUAAUUGUGCAAUUUGCUUUUCGUUUUCUUUGCACCGCAUUCGUGGUAUCAAUUAUCAUCAUCGUCUACGUCUUUCUUUCUUUCUUUCUUUAGAAAUGUGUGGUAUUGUUUUCUGACCUUUCGCAAUCUGGAUCUAGGGUUUACCCCUCCGCUUCUCUUCUCCCCGGCCCCUCGUCGACACUUUCCUCCACCACCAGCUUAAAGCCUUAACAUCACAGCUUGAACAGAGACACAUACAAACAACAAAUUACAGAUCGCAAACCCUAGCUCCACCGCUUCCCCUACCCCCGCCGUCGCCGACGACCUUUUUUCCCCGUAUUACGAGACCUGAACCUUGGUAAUAUCCAAAGCAAUCGAAGAAGAUCGAUUCCGAUCGUUGGCGGUGCGAUUCGGAGUUAAACCAACGUGGGUUCUUCGUCAUCGAAUCAUAUUACUAUCAUCUUAAUUCUUAAACACGAUUUGAGCCUUAAAAAGGAAAAUUCCCCCCCUUCCAUCUUUUCCUUUUCUCUUGUUUUCUUUCUCUCUGCUGAGAAACUUGUCGAUCGAUUCGAUGUGGACGAAGGCCAGGACGAUGACGAGACUUGGGUUUCCGAUUGACUGACUGUGGGAUUUGACGCUUGAAAAUGGAAACAAGUCUCCACUGAAAACCUAGGCUUUAAAAGAAAGGAAAUCGAAACCCCCUUGACCGAUUUUGUCGGUGAAGAGAUGAUGGCGAAAUCGGCGGUGGUGUAUAGAGGGGAGGAGUUGAUGGGGGAGGUAGAGAUUUACGCGCAGCAAAAGGAAGGAGAAGUGGUGGUGGACGGAGAGAACAAGAGCUUCAACUUGAGGAACAAGAACAGGGUAAUUGACGAGAUACUGGUUUCCGGCAGGGAAAUCAGAAUAACCCUCUUCUCCCCGGCGAGUGAGAGGUGCCCGCCGCUGGCGGUGUUGCAUACCAUUACCUCGACUGGGAUACUAUUCAAAAUGCAGCCCAGGAAUCCGCCGCUGCUUCAGCAGCAGCAGCAGCUCACGCCGCUGCAUUUCCUGCACUCCACACUUAUCCAAGAGAGCAAGACUGCAGUGAUGCGGGUAGGAGGGGAUGAGCUCCAUUUGGUCGCAAUGCAUUCCCGAACUAGCGAAAAGCCAUGUUUCUGGGGAUUCCUCAUUGCAGCAGGGCUGUAUGACUCAUCCCUUGUCAUGCUGAACUUGAGAUGCCUUGGCAUUGUAUUUGAUCUUGAUGAAACUCUAAUCGUUGCAAACACGAUGAGAUCUUUUGAAGAUAGAAUCGAUGCUCUGCAGAGGAAAAUAAGCACCGAGGUAGACCCACAGCGGGUUUCAGGUAUGCUGGCUGAAGUGAAGCGUUAUCAGGAUGACAAGAACAUAUUGAAGCAAUACGCUGAUAGUGAUCAGGUGACUGAUAAUGGGAAGGUGUUGAGAACUCAGUCUGAGAUAGUCCCUCCAGUUUCCGACAGCCAUCAGCCUAUAGUGCGUCCUUUGAUUCGGUUACCAGACAAAAACAUUAUUCUGACUCGCAUCAAUCCUCAGAUUCGUGACACAAGUGUUCUUGUGAGGUUGAGGCCUGCAUGGGAGGAUCUGAGAAGCUACUUGACUGCUAGAGGUCGUAAGCGUUUUGAAGUGUAUGUCUGCACAAUGGCUGAAAGAGACUAUGCUUUAGAAAUGUGGAGGCUACUUGAUCCAGAGUCACAUUUAAUAAACUCAAAAGAACUUUUGGACCGCAUUGUGUGUGUCAAGUCUGGUCUAAGGAAGUCUUUGUUCAAUGUCUUCCAAGAUGGAACCUGCCAUCCUAAGAUGGCAUUGGUGAUUGAUGAUCGUUUGAAAGUUUGGGAUGAUAACGAUCAAUCUCGGGUGCACGUUGUUCCUGCAUUUGCUCCAUAUUAUGCUCCCCAAGCUGAAGCAAAUAAUGAAAUUCCAGUUUUAUGUGUGGCAAGAAAUGUUGCAUGCAAUGUUAGAGGCGGUUUUUUCAAAGAUUUUGAUGAGGGUCUUCUGCAAAAAAUACCCGAGAUUUCAUACGAAGACAAUAUUUCAGAUAUUCCGUCUCCUCCCGAUGUGAGCAAUUACUUGGUUUCAGAGGAUGACCCCUCAGCUUCAAGUGGAAACAGAGAUCCCCUUUCUUUUGAUGGUAUGGCAGAUGCUGAAGUUGAACGGCGACUGAAGGAAGUAGCUUCAACUUCUUCAGUCUUACCUCCAGCAGUUCCCACCCUGGUAUCAUCUCUUUUCACGAUGGCGUCUUCUUCACGAUCAAUUCCACUGCCAACUACACAGCCAUCUGUCAUGCCAUUUUCUAAUGCACAGUUUGCUCAGGCACCUUCGUUAGUUAAACCUUUAGGUCAGGUUGGCCCUGCAGAUCCAAGUUUCUCUGGUUCUCCUGCUAGAGAAGAAGGUGAGGUUCCAGAAUCCGAGCUAGAUCCUGAUACGAGAAGGAGACUACUUAUAUUGCAACAUGGGCAAGAUUCGAGAGACUUGCCACCUGUUGAGCCUCCAUUUCCAGGAAGACCUCAGGUACAAGUUGCAGCCCCACGUGUGCAAUCUCGUGGAAGUUGGGUUCCGGCAGAGGAAGAGAUGAGUCCUAGACAGCUGAACAGACCAAUACCUAGAGAAUUCCCGCCGGAGCCUGUGCCAAUGCAUCUUGAAAAACACCGACCUCAUCAUCCCUCAUUUUCCCCUAAGGUUGAUACUUUUAUUCCACCUGAUAGAAUGGUUCAUGACAAUCAAAGAAUGCCAAAAGAGGUACCUUACAGAGACGACAGGCCAAGGUUAGGCCACACCUUGUCCAGUUACCAUUCUUUCCAAGGUGAGGCUAUACCAUCGAGUCGUUCAUCUAGCAACAGGGACCUUGACUUUGAAAUGGAAAGACCUGUUUCAACAGCAGAAUCUCCCGUGAGAGUGUUGCAGGAUAUUGCAGUGAAGUGUGGUACCAAGGUGGAUUUCAGGCAUUCGUUGGUUGCUAGCAGGGAUCUACAGUUCUCCACUGAGGUUUGGUUUGCAGGAGAUAAAGUUGGUGAAGGUAUUGGCAGGACUAGAAGAGAAGCCCAACGUGUGGCAGCUUUUGUUUCUCUGAAGACUCUUGCUAGUAUGUAUACUUCACGUUCGAUGCCAGAUUCUGUAUCUUUGCAUGGAGAUGCAGGGAGAUACUCUGGUGUCAACGAAAAUGGUUUCUCUGCUAAUGUUGGUUCAUUUGGCGAUCAAUCAGCUCCAAAGGAUGAUAUUGUAUCGUUUCCUCCCCUGGAUCCGAGGUUUGAAGGUUCUAAGAGAUUCUCGGGUUCAGUUACUGCUCUCAAAGAUUUUUGCAUGAUGGAAGGCCUUGGGAUGAGAUUUCUCCCAGAGACUCCCACGUCAGUUAAUUCUGAUGAAGUCUAUGCACAGGUUGAAGUAGAUGGACAGCUUAUGGGGAAGGGCAUUGGAUCUACAUGGGAUGAAGCUAGAAUGCAGGCUGCUGACAAGGCUCUUGGAAGUCUAAGAACAAUGUUUGGUCAAUCAACACCGAAGCGUCAGGUCUCCCCUAGGUCCUUGCAAGGGAUGUCAAACAAACGUAUGAAGCCAGAUUUCCCACGAAUGGUGCAGCAGCGGAUGCCUGCUUCUGCUCGUUACCCAAAGAAUGCCCCUGCUGUCCCUUGAAGAACCUUAUUAUGAUUCCCGCUUUUUCCAGUUUUGAUCUAGAGAAGCAAGCAAGUGUUGAAAAAGAUCCUAAUCUACCAGUUGCAUAGUUGAGGGGCGUUUGGGUUGCCUUUUUCCAUUGAUGAAGGAUCUGAAUUCAACGGAAGCUUAUGGACUGUUUGCUCUUUGAGGCAGAUUGCAGUCUGUCUGUCUGUCUGAAGCUCUGUCCCGAACUCAACAGGUUCAGUUGCUUCUGCCUUGAUUGAAUGUUCUUCCUCCGCCACUAUCCGGCAGCAGCCUUUUUGCCCAAUCGUCGGUGUGAUCAAUGCCAGUUGCGAAUCGUGAUUGAGGAAUGCCAUCCAUCUGCAAAGCAGGCAGUGGCCGGAAGAAACAUAUUUGAUUUCGAAGAUGUUUAUGUAUAUUGAUAAACAUGAGCAGGGAAGCAGCAAUCGGGCAAAUCGCAGCCAAGCUCCAUUUCCAGACCACUGAUCCCAACCUCUUCGACGGUGUUCGUGUAAAGCCCUGUAGAUUAACCAUGGAAGCUGCAUGGAGUUGCUGCUUGCGGUGCAGUUCAGCUUUGAUCUCGAUCAUUGUGCAGUGGUGUCACUUUAAGGUUGUAACCGCGCGGCAGAUUGAAAUGUCCUCCAUGAACAUGUGGAGAGCUCUGUAGUAUACCAGAAUUGCUAGUCUUGUAAUGUAGGUGUAUUGUUAUCUGGCUUGAUUGCCCAGAAUUGGUUGUAGGGUAUCUUUUAGACGGGGAGAAUAUUAAUGGGCUGGAUCUUUGUAAUAGUUAUAAAGCCCAUAGUGACGAGCAGGCCCAUGAUCAUUGGCAAUACCCGCCCAUCGGAAAUGCGCAAGGGGUAUAAGUGUAAUUUGAUAUUUAGAUUAUGUUAGUGUCGUUGUAAAGAAGAGAGCCAGGAAAUGUUCUCUUUGCAGAAUUUUUCUGGAUUUAAUAUCAGUUUGUAAUGUAAAUUCGUUUCAUUUUAAUUUUAUUCUAAGAAUCGUUUUAAUUAUCUUAAGUUAAUUCUUCUCACUGAGAUCUGUUUUGGAAAUAAAACAAAGGACAACUGCCACUGAGUUGGGAACAAAUUUAGAAUGUGCCA